AUGUCCAGCUGCUUUGAGCGUGCGCACGGCAUCCGUCUUGGAUGCCAUGGGGCACCAGAAGUAUUUUAUCCAUUCGGCUCAGCAGCUGGCGACACAAUAAAUGCAGCUGUUGAAGAUGGAAGCUCUUCUAUUAUUCAGCUGUUGAGUCCAUUUCUGUUCUUUGGCCGCACAUACCAGCAGAUUUAUGUUAAUAAUAAUGGACACCUCACAUUCAACCAGCCUUCAUUGCAGAGUGUUCCAGACAACUUUCCUUCUUAUGAAAGCCAAGAUAUAAUUGCUGGUCUUUGGACUAAUCUUGACAACCGCCUGAAAGGUGUUGUUUCAUAUCGUCAGUACACCAGUGGAAAUGUUCUCACACGCGCCUCUCAGGAUAUAAACACACAUUUCCCAAAUCUGAACUUCAACGCUUCUUGGGUGUUUGUUGCAACAUGGAAUAAAGUUGCUUACUUCAACUUAACCAACACAGAAACAUCGUUUCAAGUGGUUUUAAUUUCAGGCCAUAAUUUGACAUUUAUUCUGAUGAAUUAUGGUGACAUUGCUGUAACUGAACAUCCAGUGCAGGCUGGUUAUGACGCAGUAGACUCCACACACUACUUUGUGAUUCCCGAAUCAAUCAAUGGGAGCUUCAUCUCAAACCUCAGGAACUGCAGUAAUGUCGAUGUUCCCGGUCGAUGGGUCUUCAGGGUGGACAGUGGACCAAGAAACAGCAUCUUGAAAAACAAUGUCGUUGGAUUUCGAGUGAGACUUUCCUCAUUUUUAGACCUGACACAGAGUGGCAGCACUGAAAUAUUUUUACAGCAAAUAAAGCAGGAGCUGGUCAAGUACGGUCUGCCAAACAGCAUCGAACUGAAGUUAAGAAAACUGCAAAAGACAAAGCCGUAAUUUCCUUCUCCUUCAGGAAAAGAAGUAAAACCAGUUCGUUUAGCAUUUGACAACAAAUAUCCCUGACGACUGAUGAUGUAAAAGCUUCAGUUUUUCAUUAAGGGGAUUUACAGAGGAUUCAAACCAGCAUAA